AGUUCCAAAACAAGCUAAUAUAAAAGGAAACACUGGCGCGUUUUUUCUCAUUCAAAUCAUGGCACUGAAAAGGAGUUUAAUGAAGGACUUCUUCAAAUUACUGAAAACUAUCGAUAGUUUUUCAGACGGACAGGCCCGCGUCUUGUCAUGGUCAGAUGAGAGUGACGAUGACGAAUUCAGCUUCCAGGUUGAAAUAUCUCCGUCAGGUGGACCAUAUUGUUCAGGGAAAUAUAUUUUUAAGAUUGCCACAACGAGUCAGGAUUGGCCUAAUUAUCCACCCACAGUUACAUGUCAGACUCUAAUAUUCCAUCCAAACAUUGAAGAAUUCUCAGAAGACAUUUUAUCAGAAGAAUCUCUAGAAGAUAUUUCAGUUGAUUUAAAAGUAUGCAUAAGUAUACUGGAUGACGAUGAAUGGAAUUCAACUUGUUAUUCAUUUGACGAUUGUGUUCAGGCGGUAUUAUUUGUAUUACACACACCCAAUUUUGACGAUCCACUUUCACCUUAUUUGGAUUAUUUUGACCGUUUCGAGAUGGCCAAGUUAUCAGUGAAAGGUGGCCAGAUCGAGAGUGGACCUUAUGUUCCAAAGAAUGCAGGCUGGAGAGGGAGAGAGGAAGAAGGCGAGUCUAUUGUGCCUGACCACGAGGAACCAAUGGAGAUGGAUACUACGAACUGUAACAUAGUGAGCAACAAACGAGACACGAAACUGUGUAAUCAACGUGUCCUAGAGAACUUUUACUUGACCAAUAUGCAUGAAAUUGUGUAUGAAGAUCCUGGUGUACAGACAUUUGAAUUUUAUCAAUAAAGAAAU